GACCACGUAUCCUCUAUCUCGAGAGUAGAAGCGAGGCUAGCCAAUAAAAACGAGCCGCGAAAAAUUCGCUUAAUUCUUCCACAUCCGCCCCGCCCCACACUCACAAACCCACCGGCUCAAUUGCAAAAUCUCCAAACUUAGGCCUGGGAAAUUUUCAUAACCUUUUCUCUUCCCUCCCACCGCGAAAAUCUACUAACCCAACAGCCAUCACUCACCACCACCCAACACCUUCCGCGAUGGCAAAGGAAGCGCCAGCCCGUACCGGGCUCACCAUCGGUCUCAACCGCGGCCAUAAAACCACUCCUCGUGUCGUCAAGCCUCGCGUUUCGCGAACCAAGGGCCACCUCAGCAAGCGCACUGCUUUCGUUCGUGACAUCGUCAAGGAGGUUGCUGGUCUUGCCCCCUACGAGCGCCGCGUCAUCGAACUGCUGCGAAACAGCAAGGACAAGCGAGCUCGUAAGCUAGCCAAGAAGCGGCUCGGUACCUUCGGCCGUGCCAAGAAGAAGGUCGACGAGCUCCAGCGCGUCAUUGCUGAGUCCCGCAGAGCCGGUCACUAAACGACAUGAUCUCGAGUGGGAAAUUAUGGCAGUCUAACGGGGCGUCGAGGGAACAAAAGAAAGAAGUAAACUGUUCGGCAUGAGGUCAGGCGUUCGUCUUUCUCGGCAUUGAUGAAUUUACGGAGGAUCGGUACGGACAUGAUAGCUAGCUUUGCCAUAGCCAUAGCUAUCUACCUGAAUCCCAAAUAGCCUACGACACGAAUAGGAACAAGACCUGGGAAUCUUGAUUUGGCAAGCCAAAUUAUAUUCAUUUCAUGACUUUAAAAAA